CCGAAAAUCGAAUUUUUAUAUAAGUUGCUCUUUUAUACACACCCACAGGCCGAGCCUAGUUUGGGAGUGACCCAGUCCCCACAGUCCACUGCCCACAGAACUGAAGAGUGAAGUCUCAAAUCUGAAAAAAUUGAAAGCCCUAAAGUCUCAACUCUUGCCUCUCGUCGAGACGUCGACUCGUCAGUCUGGUCCCUACUCGUCUCACGUCAGUGCGUCAUUCGUCCCACAUAAACUCGUCCAUCGUCGGCGCCGGCUCGCUGACAUUCAGUGACUCAUUCCAAGUUCCGACUUCCAACAGUGAACACUGAACAAUCCAAGUAAUUAGCCUAGCGGUCAAUAAAGAGGGUGAAAAUUGUAGAGGUUAGUGUUCAAAUCUCAACAUAGAGAUAGAAAGCUUAGAUAAAGUUAUUUGGUACUUGUACCGGUGGAAGGGAACAACCAUUAUAGCUGAUUUGAAAGCCGCCAUUAUAAGAAAGGUGAGAUGAGGCAAAUGCAUUGAAGCGAGCUUUGCUGAGGUAUGGAGCGUCCCUUACAACACGAGCCUGGGGUUUUUGAAGCUCUCGAGUAAUUAUUGGGUUAUGUUUGACAGGUGAUUAAGAUUCAACCAUUCUAAAUGAUUCUUCCGAUUGACCCAGCAAAUAAAUUAUCGUUUAAGCGCUUUAUUAAAGAUGGAGAUUUGGUCAUUGUGUAUGAGAGGCAUGACACAAUGAAAGCAGUGAAGGUCCGUGAGGAUGGGGUUCUGCAGAAUCGUUUUGGUGCUUUUAAGCAUUCUGAAUGGAUAGGUAAACCUUUUGGGUCCAAGGUUUUGAGUAACAAAGGUGCUUUUGUUUACUUGUUAGCUCCAACUCCUGAGAUAUGGACGCUAGUACUGAGUCACAGAACGCAGAUUCUUUAUAUAGCUGAUAUUAGUUUUGUUGUUAUGUACUUGGAGAUCGUUCCUGGUUGUUUGGUUCUUGAAUCUGGUACUGGAAGUGGAUCUUUGACAACUUCGCUUGCAAGGGCUGUUGCCCCCACUGGCCAUGUUUAUACCUUUGAUUUCCAUGAACAGAGAGCUGCCUCAGCUAGGGAGGACUUUGAAAAAACAGGGUUGAGCAAUCUGGUCACAGUAGGAGUAAGAGAUAUACAGGGCGAAGGGUUCCCUGAUGAGUUUUGUGGGAGAGCAGAUUCAGUAUUCUUAGACCUUCCUCAACCUUGGCUUGCCAUUCCUUCUGCUGGCAGAAUGUUGAAACCAGAUGGGGUAUUGUGCUCCUUCUCUCCAUGCAUUGAGCAAGUACAACACUCCUGUGAAGCGCUCAAAUCACAUUUUACAGAUAUAAGAACAUUUGAAGUACUUCUACGCACCUAUGAAGUUAGACAAAAGAUACUAGAGAGCUGCCCAGUUAAUGGAGGAGAUUCCAUUGAGCGUCCUCCACGGAAGAGGAGGCAGGGUUCUGCUGAAGAAAGCAAUGGGACAGAAUGCUCUUCUUCUCCUAUGGUGGUGAUUAGGCCUUCUGGUGAGGCAAGAGGUCAUACUGGCUAUUUGACAUUUGCCAGACUCAAAUGUUUUGUGUAAUAUGUUUCAACGAAUAUCCAUUUUUUGUGGUCGAGUACACUGUUCGUUCUUUAGAUGUGCUUAUUUUUCUUCUUGAUUCUACGAAUAGAUAUCCGACAAUUUUGUCUCGAGAUUUAACAAAAAGGACAAGAAUUGCUUCUACUCGGAGGGGAUUUGUUUUUGAUAUUAUAUGUCAUUCUAAGGGAAUCAGAUUUUGUGCUA